GCGACCAUGGCGGACAAGGAGGCCGGCGACGGCGACGCGGGGCCCCGAGAAACAGCCCCCACGUCUGCAUAUUCCUCUCCAGCCCGGAGUCUGGGGGACACAGGAAUCACGCCGCUGUCCCCUUCCCAUAUCGUGAAUGAUGCUGACCCGAACGUCUCAGAGCAGCAGAUGUUUCUGGUGGUGGUGGCCAUUGACUUUGGAACCACGUCCAGUGGCUAUGCCUACAGCUUCACCAAGGAGCCAGAAUGUAUCCACGUGAUGAGGCGAUGGGAAGGGGGCGACCCUGGGGUGUCCAACCAGAAGACUCCGACCACUAUCUUGUUGACUCCGGAGAGGAAAUUCCAUAGCUUUGGGUAUGCCGCCAGGGACUUCUACCAUGAUCUGGAUCCCAAUGAGGCCAAGCAGUGGCUGUACCUGGAGAAGUUCAAGAUGAAGCUGCAUACCACGGGGGACCUCACCAUGGAUACAGACCUAACGGCAGCAAACGGCAAGAAAAUCAAAGCCCUUGAAAUCUUCGCGUACGCCCUGCAAUACUUGAAGGAGCAGGCACUGAAGGAGCUGAGUGACCAGGCGGGGUCGGAGUUCGAGAACUCUGAUGUCAGAUGGGUCAUCACAGUGCCUGCCAUUUGGAAACAGCCCGCCAAGCAGUUCAUGAGACAAGCUGCCUAUCAGGCAGGCCUGGCCUCCCCCGAGACCGCCGAGCAGCUCAUCAUUGCCUUGGAGCCCGAGGCGGCCUCCAUCUACUGCCGGAAGCUGCGGCUGCACCAGAUGAUCGAGCUGAGCAGCAAGGCUGCGGUCAACGGGUACAGCUCCGGUGACACAGUGGGAGCUGGGUUUGCACAGGCUAAGGAGCACAUCCGGCGUAAUCGGCAGAGUCGGACCUUUUUGGUGGAGAAUGUCAUAGGAGAAAUCUGGUCCGAGCUGGAGGAAGGUGACAAGUAUGUAGUCGUGGACAGUGGCGGGGGCACCGUAGACCUGACCGUCCAUCAGAUACGGUUACCGGAGGGACACCUGAAAGAACUGUAUAAAGCAACGGGUGGACCCUAUGGAUCCUUAGGAGUAGAUUACGAAUUUGAAAAACUUCUGUGUAAAAUAUUCGGAGAGGAUUUUAUCGAACAAUUCAAAAUCAAGCGUCCCGCGGCCUGGGUUGACUUAAUGAUUGCAUUUGAGUCUCGUAAAAGGGCAGCAGCCCCGGACCGAACAAACCCACUGAACAUCACCCUGCCCUUCUCCUUCAUUGACUACUACAAGAAGUUCCGCGGGCACAGCGUGGAGCAUGCCUUGAGGAAGAGCAACGUGGAUUUCGUGAAGUGGUCCUCACAAGGGAUGCUGAGGAUGAGUCCAGAUGCCAUGAAUGCUCUUUUUAAGCCAACCAUUGACAGCAUCAUUGAGCAUCUCCGAGACCUGUUUCAGAAGCCUGAGGUGUCCACUGUCAAGUUCCUCUUCCUGGUGGGAGGCUUUGCGGAGGCGCCCCUCCUGCAGCAAGCGGUCCAGGCUGCCUUCGGCGACAAGUGCCGCAUCAUCAUCCCCCAGGACGUGGGCCUCACCAUCCUCAAGGGCGCCGUCCUCUUCGGCCUGGACCCCGCGGUCAUCAAGGUGCGCCGGUCGCCGCUCACAUAUGGGGUGGGCGUGCUGAACCGCUAUGUGGAGGGCAAGCACCCACCCGAGAAGCUGCUGGUGAAGGACGGUACUCGCUGGUGCACCGACGUCUUCGAUAAGUUCAUCUCCGCCGACCAGUCGGUGGCCCUGGGGGAGCUGGUCAAGCGUAGCUACACCCCGGCCAAGCCUUCCCAGCUGGUCAUCGUCAUCAACAUCUACAGCUGUGAGCACGACGACGUGAGCUUCAUCACCGACCCGGGGGUGAAGAAGUGCGGCACGCUCCGCCUGGAUCUCACAGGGACCAGCAGCACAGCCGUGCCCGCCCGGAGGGAGAUCCAGACCCUCAUGCAGUUCGGGGACACAGAGAUCAAGGCCACGGCCGUCGACAUAGCCACCUCGAAGAGCGUCAAGGUUGGGAUUGACUUCUUAAAUUACUAACAGACCCGCCCCGCCGCCUGCGAACCCCGCCCCCACCCCUGGACUCUGUUCCCCUGCAUCUGCUGACCUCAACCCUGACUCUUCUUUCUCUGUCCUUGACCUUCAGCAUCGCCCACCUGAAUUUCAGCAGGGAAGAUGGGAACGACUAGGGCUAGAAACAGUUAGGGAUUUUUGAGGGCACACUGGAAUCAGAAAAAACUGUCGGAGGUUUGGGAAUAAGAAAUCUGAGGAUCCUGGAAGAGCAGCUAGUUUUCAUAGGUGCCCAGUGGUGAGACAGCCACCCGACAAGGGAGUCAGUCCGUUUCUGCAGCGGCGAUUCAGCUUGCUUUGAACGGAUCUCUGUUAGGAUGCCCUAAUCUAUUUGAGACUUUUCUUUUUACGUUUUUUUGGAUGGCAGUCAAUAUAAAAUGCUGUCCAUCUGCAGUUAAUUUCUUUUCAUCAUCAUGUGAUUAAAAGCGGUGAUUCACUGGGAGCUGGGAGCAUGUGCAGCUGGUGGGAGAGGCCUGCCCACGCUGGGCACUAUUUUAGGUUCUCAUAAUUUCAAUUCUGAAUAGCUUCAGUGAGGAGUAACUAUCGCCUGAGCUAAUCUACUAGGAUUCGAGUGAGUGGGAGAGCUGAUGCGCUCACUUUUCAGCAGGUGAAAGCUGGCUUCGAGCGAAGUGGGUGGUUUAGGCGCUGCUGACUUAUCCCAAAUCAUACGCUGGGACAUCAUUCCCCGGAUGCCAGAUCCUGAUUUCUGAAUUCAUAAAAUAACUCAAAUUAACCUUAGUAGGCUUCUGUGUGAGGAAAUGGGCUUGCAGUUUGCCUUGUUCACAUCACCAAGCCCAGGAAUCUGGAACAGCCCCUCACCUUGACAAGGGUCCAUAUUAUAAAUUAACUCCCUUCUCCCCCUCAUCUCCCAAAGAGUUUUGGCCCCGCAUUCCCACAUUUCAAAAAGAAUACAUUGGUGAUACAUGGGUAGAGAAUCUGUACUAUGAAAUGUUUCACUAAAAUCUUCAGUUUUUUAGGCGUAUCUAAAAGGAAUUCAUAGAUUUGUACUUGAUGAGUUGAGCCAGGUCGGUUCAAAGCUGGUCUGUGGAUCCCCUUGUGAGAACUGCCUGGGU